UACAUUCUUCAUUCAAUGUUUUCGAGUGGUUGGGUGAUGACGUCUAGGCGUAGCCAUCUCGGUCUAACAAAGAAAGUGUUUUAACAGAAAUGUAAUUUCUGACAUAAAACUAGUACAAUAUUGUUGUAACUCAACUGACGCGAAUGGAUCGUUACUUCUACAAACGAAGAAUUCAGCCACUUAUAAACGACCUUAAUCGAUCAGCGAACUGUAGUGUUUAUUUAUUUUCAACGGAUUUCUUUUGGUGUUUGUUUUGCAAACAAUAGUUUAUCCUAUCUUUGAAUUGAACAUUUAGAUCGUAACGUGGGUGUAGACAUUCGAGGUAAUGUUUUGUGAGUCGAAGUGAGCUAUCGGGAUGUGUCUGCGGCUGGUGCUAGUGUGGGCGGCGGCGGCGGCUGUAGUGACAGGCGCCGCGGCCGCGCCGGACCCCUGGUUGAGCGACGUUGGCCUGAAGAUGCACUCGGAAUUGUACGAAGCGAUGGGAAAGAUCGAGGUGAACUACUCGACGCCCGUCAUCAACGCGACGUACGUGGCGCGUGUCGAGUUCGACAUGCGGGCCAUGGGCAUGCUAUACAAUUCCACGCACAUGAUCAUCGACUUUAUCGCCAAUGAGCAGGCUUACCCCGAAGGCUUGGUGUCAGUGUCCGACGGGCAAGUGGAGGUGGCGCCGCUGCGCGAGAAUUGGCGGCCGCUGCUGGCGCACUACGCAGUAUUAAGUCCAGCUGUAUUCGACUCUGAUUAUACUCGUAUUGUAAUAGUAUACAUAGAAUAUAGAGUCGCGCAGUGGUGCGCCGUCGAGUCACAAAGUAGGUAA